ACGUGGCUGUCAAAAUAGUCACGUGCGCGAUCUGCGCAUGCGUUUUGGAGUUCUUUAUCUCGUGAUACCGUUCGGUUCUGAUUAUGAGAGGCCGAAUGAAAUCGAAGGAAGCCGAGGAAAACCGAGACCGAGAACGAGAAUGAAUGAACAGUAAAGCGCACGAGUGCGCGUCGAGAUGUUGUUGGGUGAGGUUAAGUGUUACACUAUUCCGGAAAAUAUGCAGGGAAUCUGAUUACGAGAUGUUACGUUUCAUCAUCGAUAACUAAGCAAUGUUCGAUACGGAGAACAAUUGAAAGAGAACAGGAGAAAAAUAAAUCUGACAAUAGAUACGUGGCUGAGAGAGCUUUCUUAAAUUUGACAUAAAAACUGUAAUUUAUUUUAAGUGAAGGACAAUUAUUCGCAGACACAACAUGCAUUGGGUCAAGAUCUCGUGUAUUCUCUGCAUGUUUGGGUGUUUCAAGGACUUCCGACCUUCUGAAUCUUUUGUGACGAAUUAUCUGACUGGACCAUGGAAAAAUUUUACAGAUAAGCAAGUAAAUCAAGAAAUUUAUCCUGUCUCUACGUACAGUUACUUAGCAACAUUGAUAAUUGUGUUCCUAAUCACAGAUCUCCUCAGAUACAAGCCUAUCAUCAUACUUUGCGGUCUCUCCGGCAUUGUCACAUUCCUCAUGAUAAUAUUCGGAAAAACUGUGCUAAUAUUUCAAAUUCUCGAAUUUUUUUAUGGUUUAUAUUUUUCGACAGAGGUAGCAUAUUACACAUAUAUAUAUGCCAAAGUAGAUAAGACACACUAUCAGGAAGUAACAAGCCACACUAAAGCAGCCACACUAUUUGGUCGUAGUAUGUCAGGCAUUAUAGCGCAAUUGACAGCUUCCUUUGGUCUACUGGAUUAUCACCAGCUCAAUUAUUUAACUGUUUCAGCCAAUGUUUUUGCGACGAUCUGGGCAUUCUUCUUGCCUUCCGUGAAUCAGUCGAUAUAUUUCCAUCGCACCAGCAUUUCUGACGGCGAGCAGGAGGAUAAAGGGCCGUUCGAUUAUCAAUUGACGACUGAGCCAGCCAAGAAUCGCUGCUUCACGAUAUCAAGAACGCCAUUGUUUCGCAAGAUCAAAAAUGCGUACGCGCUGCUGUGGAAACACUUUUUGCAGGCCUACAUCAAUUAUCGCGUGGUCAAAUGGUCGUUUUGGUGGGCUCUAGCCACCUGUGGUUAUCUACAGAUCAGCAGCUACGUGCAACUGUUGUGGAUAGAUGCCGUGAAGUCGGAUGAUACGAUAUACAAUGGUGCGGUGGAUUUUUUCUACGCGAUUAUUGGUGCAGGGACCGUAUUUUGUGUAGGAAAGAUAAAGUUAAACUGGAACCUAAUAGGGGAUGUAAUGUUGUCCGUAUUUUCGUUUCUGGAAGGUGUUAUAUUGGUGAUAGCUUCUUACAACGACAACAUCUGGUAUCUAUACGGUAGCUAUAUCAUAUUUGGCGUGAUUUACCAGACUAUGGCUACUAUUGCAAGCUUCGAGAUCGCCAAAUAUAUAUCCGAGGAUAGUUACGGCCUGAUAUUCGGAGUGAACACGUUUUUCGCACUAUUGGCACAAAGUCUGCUGACGUUCAUAGUUGUCAAUAAGCUCAUGUUAACCAUUCAGCAGCAGUUCUUCGUCUACGGUGGUUACUUCGUGGUCUUGGCUGCAAUUUACAUUCUGACGGGUGUCGUAAACAUCGUGCAACAUUAUCGAAGCGGCGAGAGAUUUCGUAUAUGGACUAGCGACAACGAUAAAUCUCUAUCUGUCAUGCGAAACGCGAGUGACGUGACAUCGUCCAAGUCUGAACACGAUGGUAGUUGAAACAAAUGCAUCUUAGCUGGCAAUUAUAUCAGUAACUUGAAUUACAUAUUGUUCUUUAUACAAUUUUGUUUAGUUCUUUACUUGUUGAAUGAUUUUAUUUACGUUAUAGUUGCAAUUUUUUUAUAAAAUAUUUUUAUUAUUUAUAUGACCAAUGUUUUUUCGCGACGCAUUGUUCCUGAGAAUUUUAAAUAGACAUAUUAGUAUUGAACAUAUCGUAUAUGCAGUAUUAAAUUAUUAUAGAGAAUUUUUUAAAAUAAUAGUAAACUAAUAGUUUAACUUAGUGAAAGAACUACCUUUUCGUUUAAUUUCAAUUUUAUCUGAAGAAAAACAAAUGUAUCAACUUAGUAUUAUUUUCUGACAAAAGAUAAUUAGAUUAUUCGUAUUUGCACAAGAAUACGAAUAUGCGAUCUGAUUGUAUUUAUCUUCAAAUGACAUCGCCAAAAAAGCAGAAAUAAUAUCGCAAUCGCGAAACAUCUCCGUUUUAGGAAAUCAUACUUAAAUAUGUAUUUUUAAUUGUGGUUUUAUAAUGUUGAAUAAAAACCUGACACUCGGAUAAAACAUUACUUUCAAAUUGCGAGUAUCUUGUGAUUCCAUUUUUUCGUUUAUCUCCUCGAGGAAGAUAAUAGUUUGCAC